ACCCACCGCUGGGCUUGAGAACGUGAAACUUCCGGCGACACGUCACCAACAUGACCAUGGAGGUGGCCUGAUGGGGUUUGGCUGUCCCGAAAGCUUUCAGCCCUAAAACUCUUGUUUAACGAGUUUUGUUUUAUUUAUUAUUAUUAUUUCCCUGCCUCGUUUUGUCAUCGUGUUUGGUGGUUACUGCUAGGGAAUGACGGGAAAUUAAUCUGAAAGAAGAAGCGACGGUGUAUCAAAAGGAGCAAGAAUACAUUUUCAAGAUGUGUGUUGUAUGAACAAAAUCCAGCCAUCAAUAUGUCUUGGUUUACUGACUUUGCUGGAAAAGCAGAGGACUUUCUAAAUCGCGUAGACCAAGGGGCAGCUACAGCACUCAGUAGGCAGCAAGUUGAUGCUUCUGCAACAUCAUUUGACAAUGAAGACUUGACUAACUCUUAUUCCUCAGUGUACAGGCAUCGGGUUUCAGAAAAACCAUCACAACCUGAAACCCCUAGCUUUAUAUCCGCUGCUGCAGAUAACAUUAAGAAACAGAAGGCCACCUUAUUGGCUGGGACAGCCAACAUCUCAUCUGCCUCACCAACUUCUCUGGACUCUAACAAUGGAUCAUCUAGGCCCUCCUCGCACUUUGUUCGACCACAGAAAAAAGAACUGGAUGAUGACCUACUUUUUGAUUUUCUGAAUAGUUCAGAUAAGACAAUAAAUGGGAAGGUGGAAACAAAGAAAGAAAAGUCCAAGAUACAUUCCUCACAAGAGUUGUCACGGACAUCCAGCCUUAGCUCACUCUCCACCAGCACACAUAGCAUAAAGGCUUCAGAAGAUGACUCGGGCAAGAGUCCUGAUCAAGAGACACCAGAGAGCUCAGAUUCUGGGCUACCAGUAGCCUCUGACCUUUCCAGUGAAGAAACAACAACAUUAAACAGUUCAAAUGCCCCUGGAAAUGAUGACAGUCAGUCACAUGUGUUGUCAAAUCUCAGACUGGAGAACAAGCUUCUACGCAGUGAAGUUUCAUCUUUGAACCAAGAAAUGGUGUCGCUUGUCCAGAGGCUCAAAGAGACACAAGAAGAUCUGAGUAAGGCACGUACCCGAGUGGACAGGUGGAAUGCUGAUAAUUCAAAAACUGAUCAGACUGUGAGAGAACUACGGUCUCAAGUUGAUGAUUUGACUGAAGCCGUCUCUGCAAAAGAUGCCCAGCUUGCUGUCCUCAAGGUUAGGCUGGACGAGGCUGACCAGCUUUUGAAAUCACGAACAGAAGCACUGGAAGCUGCACAAAGUGAAAGAUCCAGAAUUCUACAAGACCACAAUGAAGGGAGCAGUUUACACACCCAGGCUUUGCAGACUCUACAAGAAAGACUACAGGAGGCAGAGGUGCUACUGAGGCGUGAGCAGGAUGCUAGCCGCCAAGUGCAGAGUGAGCUUUCAGUUCGACUAAACAAAGUGGAAAUAGAAAGACAGAGCCUUGCUGAGUCCUUGACUGCAGCUGAGAAGAAGGCAAUAGAGGAGAAGCGAAAAGCAGAGGAAUUUCAGCAGCAAAUGAAGUCGGCUAAAGCUUCUGCAGACUCUCUCAAACAGGAACUGGUGGACUACAAACAAAAGGCCACCCGAAUCCUUCAGUCCAAAGAGAAGCUGAUCAGUAGCUUGAAAGAGGGUUCUGGAAUUGAGGGUCUGGACAGUUUUACAGCAGCCUCUAUGGAAAUAGAAGAGCUUCGACAUGAGCGUGAGAUGCAGAGGGAGGAAGCCCAGAGGCUCACAGCCCAGAUUCAGCAGUUGAGAGCAGAGCUGCAGGAUAUGGAGCGGCAGCAGCUGGCUGAGACUGAAUCUUCUCAAGAGCAGCUUCAAGAGUUGCAGGAUCAAUUAGCUUGUGAAAGGAGAUUAAAGCAAGAAGCAGAAGCUGAAGUGGAGAGGCAGAGACAGGAAUUGAAAUAUCUGGAGGAGGAACUUCAUCGCACAAAAAGUAGUCUACAAAGCAGAAUCAGAGACCGGGAAGAAGAAAUUCAGAAACUCAGAAAUCAGCUCACUAAUAAAACUCUGAGCAGCAGCAGCCAGCUGGAACUGGAGAAUCGCUUGCACCAGCUGACAGAAACACUGAUCCAGAAGCAAACUAUGCUAGAAGCCCUGAGCACAGAGAAAAACUCGCUAGUUUUCCAGUUGGAACGUUUGGAGCAGCAAUUAAAGAACAUGCAAGGUGCCACUGGCAGUGGACCCACCAUCAACAUGACAGGAAUAGAAAGCACCGAAGGUGCCAGAAUGCGAAAUGUACCAGUCCUGUUUGGUGAAACUGAAAGCCAAGCAGCUGGAAUGUAUGGAAAAGUUCGGAAAGCUGCCAGUACAAUUGAUAAGUUUAGCAUACGACUUGGGAUCUUUCUUAGAAGGUACCCAAUGGCAAGGGUCUUUGUAAUUAUAUACAUGGCUAUCCUGCAUUUUUGGGUGAUGAUUGUUCUUCUGACUUACACACCAGAGAUGCAUAACAAUCACCCUGGUGGCAAAUAGGAUCCAAAUACUUCCGGGGGGUGUUAUACAGGCUAUCAUCCUUUUGGUACUCUGACUGAUUUGCACAUUAAACAGCAUUUUCCAAACUGCUGUUCUAAUAAUGAGUUUGCAGCCACCUGCUGGACAGCUGGUAGGUCCUUUCAUAAAAUCAGAGACCUAGCUACCCUAUGUGUCUCUGGCUUUAUAAUGCUGCUUCACUUUUAUUUCUGUAUAUAGAGAGGUGAAAUUCUUAAUUAUAUUAACUUUUAAUAAAGUUGCUGUCAAAUAAAACUACA